GUACAGCACGGCCCUAAAUAUUGAAGUUCCUUCAAUAAAGGCCAAAGAGCGCGCCACAAACUACCUGUACCAGCUGAAAGGCGUUUCGAAGGGACGGAUAACAAAGAAGGACUGACACAGGAUAGCGUAUUGAGAUCUUCAGGGUUGCACUGAAGCUCAACAUUGCGACAAAAUCCGCGUCGAUAGGAGUUUAGCAAAAGCAGUGCCAAGCCGGUAUCUCUAUAAGUUUGCUUUAAUUAAUUCGUAUCCGCCUGUUGGAUCUGGACAAAAUGUCUGCUUCCUUUCAUAUCCUGGAUUAUGCUGUACUUGUAGGUUCAUUUGUGUUACCUUCUCUGAUCGGAUUGUUUUUCACCUACAAGGACCGACAUCAACAGAACAAAACCGAACAUUUUCUGGGUUCCCGACAGUUGGGAGUUAUACCAGUUUGUCUUUCGCUGAUGGCUAGCUUCCUAUCAGCCAUAACGGUGCUUGGCUAUCCCGCCGAGGUUUAUAUGCGCGGAGCUUCGAUUAGUAUAUCGGUAUUUAGUUCAAUUCUGGCUACGAUUUGUGCAGGCGAAAUCAUGGUACCCGUAUUCUAUCGACUACAGCUUAUUAGCAUGCAUACGUAUCUUGAAAGACGGUUCCACACUCCGAUUCUACGAAGGGCUAUCUCCGGGGCAACCGCCCUAUCUUGUAUUAUUUAUUUAGGUGUACAGUUAUAUGCGCCCUCUAUAGCUAUCGAGGCUACUACAGGAAUCUCCGUUCCAGUCUCAAUGGUUUCCGUUGGACUUAUUUGCACAUUCUACACAACAAUCGGUGGUAUGAAAGCCGUUGUGUGGAGCGACGUUUUCCAAAUGAGCCUAAUGUUUUUUGCAUUAGCGAUGGUGCUCGUCAAGGCCGUAUACGACGUUGGCGGAAUCGACGAGGUCUACCGGAAGACCAACGAGGCAGGGCGGCUUAACUUCUCCAAUUUUCGCGUCGACCCAUAUGCAGCGGACUCGUUCUGGAACUGUUUCCUCGGAAUGGGAGUUUUGUGGUUCUCUGCUAAUGGUAUGUCGCAGCAACAGGUUCAGCGGUAUUGUAGUCUGCCAACGAUGAAAAAGGCUCGAUUAGCCCUUUAUCUGAAUAUGAUUGGUGUUGCUCUAACGUUGUCAAAGGCGUUUGUUUGCGGGUUGGCUAUUUAUGCUUUCUAUCACGGGUGUGAUCCUUUAAAACUCGGGCUUAUACGAAUGGCUGAUCAGAUAAUGCCAUACUUUGUGUUAGACCGAUUCCAUAUCCCUGGAGUUCGUGGACUCUUCGUAGCUGCCGUGUUUGCGGGCUCGCUCAGCACGCUAUCUUCUGGUCUCAACUCGAUGUCGGCGUGUCUCUGGGAGGACUUCUUCGCCCCUCUACUGUCCCCCGAUAUCGGUCCCAAACGGGCAGUACUGUUCACUAAAUGUAUCGCUUUGGGGCUUGGUGUAUUGGCAAUUGGUUUUGGCUUUAUCUCGGCCUACAUCGGUAACAUCCUUCAAGCCUCGCUAGGUAUGGCAGCCGCGAUUACGGGGCCUGCAUGCGCAGUGUAUCUGGCCGGAGUCACGCUACCUUUUGUCAAUACUGUGGGCGUUUCAAUUGGUUUUGCCGUGUCCCUCGCAGUGUGUAUAUGGAGUGUCGUUGGUAAACUGCUAAAUCCCUUAAAAUACCCGGUUCUUCUAGUGAGCGCAGAAUUUUGCAACUGGACAACCAGCGAUUCGGCGGUAUCCACGGUUGACCAAAACACAACUGUUUUCUACUCAAGGCCUCUUCUAGAUACAAUACACCCUAAAGGGUUGCAACAUCUGUACUAUAUUCAUCCAUAUGUGAUGCCAGCCUUCGGCUUAGUACUGACGAUUGCCAUCGCUAUUAUCGUGAGCAUCUUCACCGGAGGCAAUAGCCAAAAGAUCGACAGCGGUUUGUUUAACCGUACCUGCUACAGAACUAUCACGUGGACCCCGCCGAUUUGCCUCAACAUCUUCUGCUAUCUUGGCUCUGUCUUUCAGUCUUCCGACUCUAAACCAACAAAAGACCUUCAAGCGAUUCAUGAAGAUAUUUCAUUGGAAACUCAAAAUUCUCAGAACAGCUGUGUCACGAACUGACAGGAGAUAGCAUCGAACUCGUACCGUCUAGCCGACCAUAUCCGUUGCAAUUAUGUUUUCUAUUGUUAUUUAAUAUCGUAAAUUAUUUAUACAUACUUAAUUCUGCAAGUGAAAAAAACGCAUGAAAGGAGCAAUUAACUCAUUUGAUGACAGUACCUCAAGCAUUACUUCACGGAACAAUUGUUUUUCUUCUAUAUUUGUUCUACACAAAAAUUAAUCUACAUUUAUAAUUUAUAUCUCCAUGUAUAGUGCGGCCGCCUCUUAACUAUAAUAAAAAUUCACAUCUGUUUUGAA